AUGGCUUCGAGGCUCCUUUCCACCACCGUCAACAACCGUGCUGGCAUUGCCAAGCAGCUUGUCAGACCUCUCGCCACUGCUGCUCAACAAGCAACUCGCACCACCGUUCUCUCUAACGGUCUCACUGUUGCCACCGAAGAAUCCACUGGUGCUCCUACUGUGGGUGUCUACAUUGGUGCUGGUUCGCGUGCUGACAAUGCCCAAAACAGUGGUGCUGCCAAUCUUGUUCAACGCAUUGCUACACAGAACGCCAAGUUGAUUGGUGGUGAACUCGCUUCUAGCACGACACACGAUCAUACAUUGUAUACAGCAAAGACGAUUGAUGUGGCCAAGUCUGUUGACACUUUGGCUGGUCUUGUGCAGGACCUGAAAUUCGAUUCUCUUGAAUCUCAACGUGCUGCUAUUCUCAACGAACAACCCAACGAAGAAUCCGUCACUUUUGAACAUUUGCACGCUACUGCUUUCCAAGGCACUUCUCUUGGUCUUCCUGUCGCUGGUUUGAAUGUUGAAAACCUCACCGAACAAGAUUUGAGCAACUUUGUCAAGUCCAACUACACUGCCGAUCGUAUGGUUCUUGUUGGUGCUGGCAAUGUCGAUCAUGAUGCACUUGUCAAGUUGGCUGAAAAGAGCUUUGGUGGAUUGACCGCUGCUGGUGCUGCUGCUCCUGCCAAGCCAAGCUUCACUGGUUCCGAAAUCCGUAUUCGUGAUGAUCUUGCUCCUGCUGCUCAUGUCGCUGUUGCUGUUGAAGGUGCUCCCUUGUACUCGCAAGAUUACUUGAACAUGUUGGUCAUGCAAGCUAUUGUCGGUAGCUGGGAUAGCACUUUGGGUGGUGCUGCCAAUCUCUUCUCUCGUCUUUCUACCGUUGUCAACAACAACAAGCUCGCUGAUUCGUUCGCUUCAUUCACCAAGGGCUACAAGGAUACCGGUCUUUGGGGCAUGUACUUUGUCACUCGCAACAAGGAGCAAAUCGAUGACUUUGUCCACUUUAUGCAAAAGGAAUGGAUUCGUCUUUCCACUACCGUCACUGCUAGCGAGGUCGAACGUGCCAAGAUCCAAGUCCAAGCUAGCCUUCUCUUAAGCCUUGACUCUUCCAAUGCCAUCGCAAAGGACAUCGGUACCCAAAUCCUCACCACCGGCAAGCGUCUCUCUCGUGAGGAACUUGCUAACGCUGUCAGCAAGAUCUCCGUCAACGACAUCCGCAAGACUGCUAACGCCUACUUGUGGGAUCAAGAAGUGGCCGUCGUCGGUAAUGGUCCUAUCGAGAGCUUAACCGACUACAACCGUGUUCGUGGUUUCAUGUCAUACAACAGAUUCUAA